CCCACAAGAGUAGGGUCUGGGGAGGGUGUGUGUACGCAGACCUUGCCCCUACUCGAAAGUAGAGAGGCUGUUUCCAAAGAGACCCCCGGCUCAACAUCGAAAGUUGCAGUGUUUGACUAACUGCUACUUCAUUAAUUAAAGAAGCGCAGAUAGUUUAGAGAUCCAUUUUGAUUUAUUCCAUCACACCCCAAAGCCAAAAAUGGUGAAAUUUUGACUACCAUCAGAGAUGNAACAACAACAACUCAGUUAAAUCCCACAAGAGUAGGGUCUGGGGAGGGUGUGUGUACGCAGACCUUGCCCCUACUCGAAAGUAGAGAGGCUGUUUCCAAAGAGACCCCCGGCUCAACAUCGAAAGUUGCAGUGUUUGACUAACUGCUACUUCAUUAAUUAAAGAAGCGCAGAUAGUUUAGAGAUCCAUUUUGAUUUAUUCCAUCACACCCCAAAGCCAAAAAUGGUGAAAUUUUGACUACCAUCAGAGAUGUGAUAGGUAGGGGAGUAUAGUUUUAGCGCCAUAUUUUAGAACGAAGAAAGUGGCGCAGCAAAGAAAGCUAUGGAGACCGAUAAGCGGAGAUCGGUGUUGAUAGUGGGCGGCACCGGCUACCUGGGCCAGCAUCUGCUCCAAGGCUUCACUCAGAUUCUCCAUUCUCUCCCCUUUCCUCUCUUUCUAGGGUUCACUUACCACUCCAAUCCUCCUCCCCAGCCGCUUCUCGAUGCCGCCCCUCAAUCCGUCCCUUUUCCUCUCGAUCUGCGCACUGGAAUUGGAUUUGAUUCCAUCUCGCAAACCCUAGGGCAGGUUCGAUCUUUCAAUUUUCCUUCGCGGUGAUUUUUAGUUGAUGUUUGCUUGUUUAGAUUCUGGAUUGUGCAAGUGAUGCCGAUGUGAUUUUUGUGAUUAAUUAUAUGCUUAAUUGCUCCUUAUUUAUCUAAAGGACGAUCAGAUCUCUCAUUUUCUUCGUGUUUGUGGUUUUGGUUUUUAUUUUCCUCAUACUACUCAAUAUUUAUAUAAAGUUUGUUGCAUAAG